AUGUCUUUGUUGUUCGACGACAACACUGUCCAAUAUGCCGCCUACGAGGAAGUAAACGAACGUCCUCACGAAGCCAACUGGUCAAACCAACUUAUCGGCGAUUCUGCUGCCUAUGGAGCUGCCCAGGCUUAUGAGGAACACUGCGAGAAAGUUGGCGAGCCAGAUGAUAAGGAGUUUGCAAACGAGCUCAUUUUUGGAUUUAUAAGCGCCGGUGUGUAUCGAGAAAUCGAGACUCGAGGCUUGGAUUUUAUUGAUGCGGAGAGUGCUAAGGAAAUCGGUCGGAAAGCUGCGCAGACAGCCCUUGCUGAGAAGAAUGGCUGGGACAUCAAUAAUUGA